UUAAAGGUAAAGUGAUGAUAUCAGGGCACAUAUACUUGUGUGUAAGCACGUAGCAGAUGAUCCUAUUUAGUUUGUUGACAUGUCUAGUAUUUCCACUAGCAAUAUGUAGUACAUGUUAUCUUAGAUAAGAUGAUUGACCUUAUUAGAACUAUAUAUCGGACUUCAGUACUUGCCACUCAACUGUUCAGAUAAACAAUGGCUAAUGUCGCAGUGCUCGGAGCUGGAGUAGUCGGCUUGUCAACUGCUAUAAAUAUCAAGAAAUUACUUCCUUCUGCUAGAGUAACAGUAAUAGCUGAUCGAUUCAAUAGUGAAACGACAAGUUAUGGAGCUGGAGGUCUUUUUCGUCCUACAAUGAAACAUACUCCAGGCCUUCCAGUAGAAUUACUGAGGAAAUGGGUAGCAGAUUCAUGGGAAUAUUUUUCAAACAUGACUUUAACAGAUAUGGCAGCAGAAACUGGUUGUCAGCUAGUUCCAGGCUAUUUCUUCUCAAAUGAAAUUCUGAUCAACGAAUUAUUUGGUGAGUUUGUCUAUACCUAUGCCAAAAUGACUGACACUGAACUCAAAGCAAUGAGAAUGGACAAAAAGUACAAACAUGGCUAUCAUGUUACGACAGUAAUUACCUGUUGUACGCGUUAUAUGCCUUGGUUGAUGAAUAAGUGGCUAGAGCAUGGCGGAAAAGUUGAGAGUAAAACCAUUGAAGAUUUUAGCCAGCUUGCAGGUGAAUAUGAUGUUGUUGUGAACUGUACAGGGUUAAGAAGUAAGAAAUUGAUUAAAGACGACACAGUCCAUCCACUCCGAGGACAUUUAAUCAGGGUUAAAGCUGAUUGGAUAAAAUACUGGAUGUAUACAGAGGAUGGUGCUUAUAUCAUUCCGAAUGGUGAUGUCAUUAGUAUCGGUGGUACCAGAGAAAAGGGUAACUAUAACACGGACAUCGACAAAACAGAUAGUAAAGAUGUUAUGGACAGAUGUCUCAAUCUAUGGCCACCAUUAAAGGGAUGUAAAGUAGUAGAGGAAUGGGUUGGGUUGAGACCUGCUAGAUCACCACUGCGACUUGAACCAGAAAUCUUAAAGACCAAAAAAGGACCAUUGAAGAUAGUACACAAUUAUGGACACGGUUCAAAUGGAAUAGCAUUGAGUUGGGGUACAGCUAUACAUGCUGCCAAAUUAGUGAAAGACAUAGUGGAUUCUAAUUCUAGGAUGUGAUGAUAGAAAUGUAAUUGAUACGCAUUUAGUAUCUGAGAAGUAUAUUCUGCAGUUAACAUAAAUAUGAACUGUACAAAAGCAAUAUUUUAAUAUGGUAUAUUAUACGGAUUUAUAUAUGGACAUACAUUGCAUUUUAUUAAAGGGGUACAUGCCUUCAGAAGAAAAAUUUGAAUUGAAGCAGGAGUAAGGAACUUAUGUAACGUUUAUUUAUUUGGAUGAUCACUCUUUAUGAAAACUAGUUUAACCUUCCUCGUAUAUCAUAAUGUUAUAAAUUGUACUUAAACCUAUAGUUUUAUAAUUUACUGGUUGUACACAAGGAAUUGUUCUAUUUGGUCUUA